UUUUUCUAUGUUCAAUAGCAAAAUAUUAAUUGAUAUGCUCGGCGCUAAAGUUCGUGUUGAUUUUGUAAAAGAAGCAAAAUGUCCGCCUGCUUUUGGAAAUUUGUAUACUUGGGAUCCUGAAAGCCAUUCUUUGGUUAUUGCAAGAUUUGAGACUAAAGAUCAAAAAGAACCAUCAGAUAUAAUAUUUAUUCCCGGUACUUCUGUUCAAAAUUUUGAGGUUUUAGAAGAUGAAGGAGAACAAAAUAAUCAAAUAUCAACAACAAAUAAUGAAGAAACAAAAACCUUUGCGGGAUUGAAAAAUACUGAAGAAAUGAAAGCAAAAAUGGAUAAUUUAUUUUUUCCUACAAAGAUUGCUGCAGGAAUGGAUAAUUGUUCGGAACAAAUGCAUUUUGGCGAGUUGGCUAUGAAUGAUGAGGAGAAAUGGGAAAAUGAGCGGACAAUCUCCAAGAAAAUAAAAAUAUUCGAAGACUUCGUUCAGGGCAAAAAGAAGCGGUUGAUCGAUGCAUUGAACAGGAAUGGAAUCGAAUUCAGAGAGGAAGGAGGAGAAGAAGAAAUGACAGAAAAAGGGGACAAAAAUGGAGACGAAAAUUGGUUAACAAAAAAUUCAAAAACAAAAAGAAGAAAAGGAACAAUAAUUGUCGGUAGUGGUGUUGAUUGUGUUACGAUUUUGCCGCCGUAUGAAAAGGGAAACUUGAUUGGAAAUUCAAUUGUUGUUAAGCGUUUGGUGUUGGCACUCGCAGCGGAUAGAGUUUUUGAUGAUCCGGCUCAAAAAGAUCAUUUUGUUGGGAAUUGA